ACAUAACAAAAAAAACCCUAAAAUGGCAUGUAAUCUCCCUCACCCUAAACAUCCCCUCCUUAAUAACAAAAAAUUGAAAUAUAUUUCUUACAGAAUUCCCUUAUGUUACAAAAUAGGACAUAUAUCAUAAAAAGAGCAAAGAAAUCCAUGUAUAAUUGUGAAUAUAUAUACUAAUAAAUCUCCAAAAUCUCAUCCAGCCAAGCAAUAGUUACUUAAGGGGUGGGUGGGGGUGAAGCUUUAAAAAGGGAUGAAUCUCAAGUUGUGGGUGAAGUCAAAGUCAAUAUUUCUUUCAUUGUAAGUUUGAAAGAAAAAAAAAAUUGAGAGAAAAAUCAAAACAAAAGAAUUAAGGUUAUGGGAAGUUACAUUGGUAAUCAACCAAACAACAACAACAUGAAAAACAAUGAUCAGAAAUCUGGAAAUUCAACUUCUUCAGCAAAAAAAGGCAAGAAUAAGUGUAAUAAUAAUAAUAAUAAUAGUAAUAGUAAUAAUAAUAAUAAUACUAGUAAUAAUAAUAAUAAUUCUGAUAAACCAAAACAACCUCAAAGAGGUCUUGGAGUUGCUCAAUUAGAGAAGAUAAGAUUGCAUAGUCAAAUGGCUAGUUGUGGCAUUCUUCCUCAUCAUCAAGUUCCUCAUCAUUUCCUUAAUCCUACUUAUCAGCAUGUUCCAGAAGAUAUGAGGAUUCAAGUUGGGUAUCAACUAGCACCACCACCACCGCCGCCGCCGCCACCUUUUUGUUAUUCGUCGCCUUCGAUUCCGUCAUCUUCUUAUGGUUACCACCAUCAUCCUAAUAAUUAUAUGAUGGCAAUGGGAAAUCAUAUGGAAAGGACCAGCAACAUAAGAUACCAUGAACAUCAGUCAAUCAAUACAGCAAGAUGGAACCCUAAUAACAAUUUUCGCGGUAUGCCGGAGACUCAACCAUACACUCAACAAUCAGGCAUGGUCACUAGGCACCUUCUAAGCCAUGUUGAGCAACAAAACAAUAGAAGGAACAAUUUGUUCGAAUCAAGGAGUUCGAGCUGCCAGAAUUUAGAUUCAAGCGAAAAUGAAGAACUGGAUUUGGAGCUUAAAUUGUAGCUUUUAGUAAAUUGUUUAGUUUCCUAGAUUCAACUAGGAUUAUGGUAGUAUUUAUAAUUAUCGCUUUUGCACAAGAGAAAAAAAUUAACCACAGAUUAUUUGUCAAUAGGUACAGAAAAAAUGACAAAAAGUUUAUUGCUUUCAGCCACAUUUGUAAAAUUUAGUUAAACACAUUUGUGAUUCAACUGAAAGUCUUUUCACAGUAAAUAAUAAGCCAUUAUACCGUCA